AUGAGCGACAGCGAAUAUGAAGAAGAGACUACUUAUGUGGUAUUUGACAUUGGCGGUACAGUUACAAAAGAGUUCGUCGAAAAAGUAUCUCAUAAAGAUGGUGGAUGUAGAAUUAUUGGCUUAGAAGAAGGUCAACCUUAUUUGCAACUAGGCGAUGCUGUUUUCGAAGGCGAAAUUGACGAAACAGUAGGCACCCACUUAUUCUUCGAGAUCGAGGAAAGAAAAGCUGAUACUUCAGGUUUAGUACCACUUUUGUCGUCUAUGCGAUCAACAGCCGAGGAAGGGCCAAAGCAACAAAGAUACACUGUCAAAUACGCUUGUCAAACCGAAAAUAUAGUUCAGCUGACUCCAGUAACCAUAAAACCUAAAGACGAUGACAGCCUUGAUGAAUUAUUGGCUGCAAAACAGAGCGCGAGUAACGCAACUAUAUUCUUUGACUCGCUUGCUGCUCCGUCUACAACAGAGAGCAACUCCCCUGAUAUCGAGGCCAUGGAAGAAGAUUGA